AUGGCCAUGGCGACGGAUGGAGGCCGGGAAUUCCUCGUCCUCUUCGCGCACCACAACAUGUACUUCAACAUGCGGUUCCAGGAGUUGGAAUCCGUGGCAGCACUCCUCGGAGUGUGUACGCAGGAGCUCUAUGCGGAGGCCAAGCCGACGUCACUGUCUGCCUCCAUGGCGGUUCUGGUGAGACUACCUGGCGGCGAGGCCGACGCCAAGAAGAUCUGUGAGCGGUCUGUGCUUGUGAAGGCCAUCCUCGAGGUUUGGGCCGAGGGCAGCACCUGGGAAGAGGUCGUGGAGGCUUGCCUUGCUCAAGGCCCAGACGUCCGGAGGCAGCGCCGCCAGUACUUGGCACCACCCACGACCAUUUGCUUACGCGUGGAAGCUUUCGGCAAAACGCUGACCGUGGAGGAGAAGAGGGCAACAAUGGAGACGCUGCGUCCACUCUUCGACGGUGAUGAGGUGGUUGACCUCCGGGCUCCAGACACGACUCUGUGGGUGUUGGAGGAGCACUCCCACCGGAGCGACGAGAAGACACACCUUGGAAAGCGAACACGGCCGCCUCGACGAGUGUUUCUGGGGCGGCAGGUUGCUGGUGGGCGCAGCACGGACAAGAAGCGGCAGAGUGGUGAGAAGUGUUUCUUCCACCGCUACGACCUCUCCCAGCGCGCUGUGCUCGGCCCUACCACGCUGGACAACGAGCUGGCCUUCAUCAUGGCAAAUUGCGCUGGUGUCCGGCCCCACCAGCUAGGCAUGGACCCUUUCUGCGGGACGGGGGGUCUUCUCAUCGCCAUGGCUCAUUUCGGAGCGAAGCUCUUCGGCGGAGAGAUCGACAUCCGUGUCGUGCGCGGAUGGAGGAUCGCCUACACGAAGAACAAAGCCGCCGUCCUCGACGCCGCCCGCAGCCGUGGGAUGUCGGCUGCCGGCGCAGGUGCCCCAUCCGCUGCCGAUGCUCCAGACGCUUCCCUCAACAUGGGCUCCAAGAGCAGCGCUGGCGGCAGCGGUUGGAGCCUGGAGUAUUUACAAGCACUGGGGUUGCCGCUGGCGCUGGCGCAGGCUCCAGGAGCUGCCAAGGCGAAGCAGCUCAAGCAGCCCAACAACCGCAAUGCGAAGGCGGAGAAGGAUCCGGCACUGACCAGUGCAGGGGGCUGCAACAUCUUUACCAACUUCGUGCAGUAUGGAUUUCCAAGCCCUGAGAUCGUCGUGUGCGACAACGCCAUGCCGCCUUGGCGAGCAGUGAAGCCGGGAUGGCUCGACUUCAUCAUCACCGAUCCGCCCUAUGGCGUCCGUGCGGGCGCCAAGAAGUCGGGCCGCGAUGAGGCGAAGAAGAAGGUGGUCAUCCAGGACGUGAGCAGCUACAUCCCCUCCAAAGUCUCCUACGGUGAGGAGGAGCUUUCGGAAGAUCUCCUGAACUUCGCCGCCGCGAGCCUCGUGGACGGUGGAAAGCUGGUCUUUUUGGUGCCCGUGGACCUCGCGGACUUCCUUGGCAUCGAUCGGGCGGCAGUCGAGCAGGACAUCGAAGGCGCGAGGCCCAACUUCCACGACAUUUGCCACCCCAAAGCCGGGCGGAAGAAGGAUCCGAGGCUGUGCGUGUCGGAGACGACCCGCGACCCGCUGCUGCUGGAUGAGAGCCGCUACGUUGACUUCAUUCCUCAGCACGUCGCGUUCCGGCUGUUGGGCGCCUCGCUGCAAGUGCUGAGUGGUGGACUGGGCCGCUUGCUGGUCACGAUGCCUCCCGCAGCGUCUGCCCCGGUAGUUGGCCAGCUCUGUGCCACUUGGCCAAUGUUGGUGGCAGGACCUUUAGACGACUCGGCGCCGGCAAACAUCUGGCAAAAGCAGUCAGACACGAGCCCGAGUCCAGUACAGGCUCGCUUGCUGUGCUGUCUCUCCUUGGACACUCCCGGGCGCUUCAAGGCCAACGACGGGCUUGAAAUUGCAGAGGCCACCUCGCUGUUCGAUGUCCAGCUCCUCUCCGCCAACACGACUCGACUUGGCGACAUGAUGCUCCUGGCGAUUCCGGGGUCGGAGCUUCAGCAUCUGGCAAGGCUGCUCGAAGAUGUCUUCAAGGUCAGUUGCAGAUUGGAGGGCCUAAAGGUUUGCAUGCAUGUGCUUUGCUGGUCCACCGACAAGACAGUCGGACAGCCCGCCCUGCCGGUCAAAGUCAGCGACGUGGAUGUGGUCCCCGUCCGGCCGCCGCCGUGCGAAAAGGCAAGUGAUCUCUUCGCUGCUCCGGUGUGUCGAACUCCAGACUCUUCCCGCCCAGGGCGUUUGCCCUCUUUUGCACCUUUCUUUGCGUCCUGCCUGAAUGCCUUGCGGGCGACUGCUAUAGCCAUGGCUGUGCCCGGAGAAAUCGAGCACUCGCUGGACCAGUGCCUGGAUGCCGGGGCCUUGGCGCAAGCGUUCGCGAGAGGUAGCAUGAGUCACUUGGGUCGUUCCAGUGUUCGCAUCGUCCGCCUCGGCCCGGUUGUAUCGCAAGAGCAUCAAAAGUUCCAGCUUCUGGACGAGAAGCAUGUUGAUUUGAAGCACCACUUCUCGUCUCUACGGCAGGAGAUGGAUGCCUUGAAGGCAGACAACGAGGCGCUGAAGCAGAGCAGCCACCCUCCGAAGGGGAAGGCCAACGAAACCAACAAGCUCGAGCAACUCGAGCUCGAGAACGAGGUGCUGAACGAACAAAUCAACGAGCUGAAGGCUCAGCUCUACAUGAGCUCGGCCAUGGGCGACGACGAGUGGUUCAAAAACUCGGCGACCCGUAGCCUUGGCGAGGCCGCUUGGACCUGCUUGGUUACCACCAACGAUGUGAAGCGGGAGCUCUCUUUCAAGCGGCGGCAGCGCCAGAUGCUUGCCUUGCAAUUGUUGUCCCUGGCCAGGCUUUGGGCAGCUGCAUUGAUAUCUCGUAGGCCGACAGGUGUGAUCUUCAAGACACUUGCCAUGAUCGCUAUCGUUGCCAAUGCGGUUUACCUCGGCUGGGCUGCCGACCAAAACGUCCACUGGCGGCCUUCUUUUGCGGCUGAGCUGCAUCCGAAGUGGGAGAUUUUCGGUGCGAGCUGGUUUGCGCUCGAGCUCGUGAUCCGCUUGGCGGCGGAGAGGUUGGAUUUCGUUACAGGGGACGACGCGUGGUGGAAUCUUCUUGACUGCUUUCUAGUCGCGGAAUCCUUCGUGACAUUGGUUUGGGACGUACCGUCCGGCUUUAGCUUCCUCCGCAUCCUCAGAGUGUUCCGACUCAUACGGAUCGUCCGGCUGGUCCGCACGGUGCAGGCUCUGAGAAAGCUGCGAACGAUGAUCUUCGCCAUGAUCAACUCCCUCGCAGACCUUCUCUGGGCUCUUCAAGUGGUCUUCCUAAUUGUGUUUGUUUUCAGCUUGGUGUUCAACAAUGCAGUGGCAGCACAUUUCGAUGACAUUCAGAUCGAUAACCCUGCGCACGCCGACAAGAUGGAAGAUGCGAUUGAAAUCAACAAAUAUUAUGGUACGCUGUUCCGUUCUAUGAUCUCGCUUUGGAGCGCAGUCAGCGGUGGCAACGACUGGUAUCAGUACGCAGAAGUUCUCCAUGGAAUCAGUAUGGGGGACUUCUAUUUCCUCAUGUUCAACUUCUACAUUGCCUUCUGCGUUGUCGGACUCUUCAACGUGGUGACAGGCGUUUUCGUCGACAGCGCUGUCUGUACCCGAACCGAAGAUGAGAUCGUGCAGGGUUACUUGGACGAGAUGAGAUCAAUGACCGAGUCCAUCAAGGGUUUCCUCAAGAAGGCCGACAAGGAUGCCUCAGGCACGCUGACCUACGAGGAGUUCCAAGCGCACAUGGCAAAUCCUGUCGUGAAGGCGUACUUUUCGGGACUGGACAUCGAUCCGGAUGAAACAAAGAUCAUCUUCACCUUGCUGGACUCCGACUGCAACGGUGACAUCGACAUAGAGGAGUUUGUGCACGGCACGAUGAAAUUGAAAGGUUAUGCUGCCCGGCUGGAAUGA